AUGUCAACGCCCUCCGUCGCUCUCCCUGCGCCAGGCGCUUUAGGCUCGCGGACUUCUUUCUCUGCUCAACGUGACUCGAAGUCUGAGGAAUAUGAUCUCAGUGUCCUGCCAGUUCUCGAGUCUGAAUAUCCGGAACCUAUGGCGACUGGAACGUCCAAGGUCGACUCGAGAUACGAUCUCCAUGCCCUUCCUACCUACCUCUCCGAGAGGAGUAGACAUCCGUCCGCUCUUAUCCGCAAAGACUCGGAUAUUUCUAUGACGAGGGAUGUAUUCCGUCGAGAGGUGCUCAACGCUCCUAUUACCCUUCCGCAGACGCCUGGAGAGGAAAGCUCCAUCGCCGAACCUACUCUAAGCGAGCCCAUAUCCUCCAGUUCCAGCGCUAGGCUGCUUACGCCUCAGCAGAAACGAAGCGGCGCCAUCCAUUUCUUGACUGUUUGCUGGUGCCUCUAUAUCGUGGGGUGGAACGAUGGUUCCACGGGUGCCCUGUUGCCGCGAAUUCGAGAACAAUAUAACAUCGGAUACUCACUGGCAUCCUUGAUCUUCGUUGGAAAUUGUUCGGGGUAUUUAUGCGGAGCUGCUUUGAAUGUCUGGUUCAAUGAUCGCAUAGGUUUUGGGAAGAUUAUCACCCUUGGUGCAGCAUGCCAAUCUUGCGCCUACAUCAUCAUCAUCACCGCUCCUCCUUUCCCCGUGAUUGUAUGUGCCUAUGUCAUCGUUGGGUUUGGACUCUCCUUGCAGACUGCUCAAGCAAACGGUCUGGUCGGUAGCGUACAGGAAAACAUGUCAACAAAGUUGUGCAUGAUGCACGGUUCCUACGGUCUCGGCGCAUUCACGUCACCCUUCGCGGCUACUUACUUCGCGACGUUUGCAAGUCGGAGAUGGGCAUUCCACUUUACGAUAUUGCUCAGCUUUACUCUCCUCAACAUCGCUAUUCUGAGUUAUGUAUUCCGUUUCCGCCGUCAAGAAGAAAUUCUUCUAGAAGCUGGUCAAGAGAAUACUAAUUCGGAGUCAGCUAUGCAGCAAGGUCCAUCAGGGAGCAAAUACAGAGAAAUCGUUCGUGCCAGAGGCUUCCCGCUUUGCGCCAUGUUCGCCUUGAUCUACGUUGGUGUUGAAGGCACGCUUGGGGGUUGGAUCGUCACCUUCAUCAUCCGCGAGCGUAAUGGAGGGGCAAGUGCUGGAUAUAUUUCCUCAGGUUUCUUCGGUGGCUUGACACUUGGCCGCGUUGGCUUAAUCUGGCUCAACAAAUUGGUGGGCGAACAUCGUGUCAUUUUCCUCUAUGCCACCAUCGCGAUUGGCCUCGAGCUGACCGUCUGGUUCGUUCCGUCCAUCAUUGGGAACGCUGUUGCGAUUUCUUUGAUCGGCCUCGUCUUGGGGCCAACUUUCCCCCUCCUCGUGCAGCACAUGUCUCAUCUCCUUCCACGAUGGCUCCUCACUGGCUGCGUCGGACUCGUCACAGGAAUCGGUAUCACUGGCUCAGCUGCACUUUCUUUCAUCACCGGCCUGUUGGCGUCGAAGUACGGUAUAGGCUCAUUGCAGCCAUUGAUGGUAUCGAUGAUGAGCUGUAUGUUGGUCGUUUGGGCCCUAGUCCCCAGCGCUCAGAGGCGUGUGGACUGA